UUAAAUUCAAAUCAAAUAAAUUAAAAGUAUAAAACUUCAAUUCUACAAGAAAAUCAAAAAAAGAAGAAGAAAGGAUUAACUUAAUUCAUAAGUAGAAGUCGAUAAUGACGACAAGUGAGCGAGGCGGAGGAGGAGGAGGAGGGCGUAGUGUGGUAAGAAAGUAUCUAGCGAGACCUCAACAUGAAGGUGCUGGUGCUGUUGUUCGAAGAAGCAUCGGAAGCAGGUUUGAGCUCAAAUACUUUGAUCCUUUCCUUGUUUUGGAUGAAUUUUCAUUAUCUGCUCCUGCUGGAUUUCCUGAUCAUCCACAUAGAGGAUUCGAGACGGUCACAUACAUGUUACAGGGAGGGGUAAGACAUGAAGACUUUGAGGGACGGAAAGGGACUAUUGGAGUGGGUGAUUUGCAAUGGAUGACUGCUGGAAGAGGGAUUGUCCAUUCCGAAAUGCCCGCUUCUUCUCAUGGCACUCACAAAGGCUUGCAAUUAUGGAUCAACCUCCCUUCCACCCACAAAAUGAUCGAGCCGAGAUACCAAGAAAUGGCGAGUGAAAAUAUUGCGGAAGCUAGUGAAGGCGGGGUUACAGUUAGAGUCAUAGCAGGGGAAAGUUUAGGGAUCAAGUCACCAAUCUAUACAACCACGCCCACUAUGUUUCUUGAUUUUACACUUGAACCGGGAGCCCACUUGCAACAACUCAUUCCCCAAUCAUGGAAUGCAUUUGUAUACGUCCUACAAGGCGAAGGCGUCUUUGGGAACUCAAGAUCAUCUUCAACAACCCAUCAUCUCUUGCUCUUGGGUCCUAACGGGGAUGGGCUCGAGGCUUGGAACAAGUCAUCUAAAUUGCUGAGGUUCAUUCUUGUCGGGGGUGAGCCCAUAGGUCAACCCGUUGUUCAAUGGGGGCCUUUUGUCAUGAACACGCAACAAGAGAUCGACCAAACGAUUCAAGAUUAUGAGAAUUUUGAAAAUGGGUUCGAGAAUGCUAAGUAUUGGAGAUCUGACGAUCAGGACUAACUUUUAGAUGUUGAUUACUUCUUAUUUCUCUCUAUUGUACGCUAUUUCAUAAUUCAUUCAAACAAUAAAUAUAUAAAAAAGUAAUAAUAUACCUGAACGCCCAAUUGUUUUCGGUGAA